AUGUCUUUAACGUGCGGAAAUUCCACGAGUUUGCCGACGAAUUAUGAGUAUUACACCGCGGGCGGCAUCCGCGGGGGAAUCACCGCGGACAAGCCCAAUUUCUACCUCAACGACAAGGAGAUAUUCCUCUACAGCGGCGCCAUGCACUACUUCAGAGUGCCCAGGGUCUACUGGAGGGACAGACUGAGGAAAAUGCGAGCCGCCGGUCUGAACGCGGUGGAGACCUACGUGCCCUGGAAUUUGCACGAACCCCAAUCGGGUAAGCGACCCCCUUCGGAUGAUAAUGCUGAUUCUGGACCAUGCUUGAUGGUUUGGGAUGGUGAAUUCGACUUCGGCGACGGCGGCCACGAAAUGUCGGACUUCUUGCACCUGGAGGAGUUCCUGAAGACGGCGCAGGAGGAGGACCUCUUCGCCAUAGUGCGCCCGGGGCCGUACAUUUGCGCCGAAUUCGAGUUCGGCGGCCACCCGAGCUGGCUGCUGCGCGAGAAAUCCAUCGAUUUCAGGACGACGGAGAAGACGUACGUGAGCUACGUGACCAGGUGGUUCGACGUGCUGCUGCCCAUCCUGGCGGCGUUGCAAUUCACCAAGGGCGGGCCGGUGGUGAUGCUGCAGGUGGAGAACGAGUACGCGGUGUCCAACAAGAAGGACAAGGCCUUGCUGAAGGUGCUGCGGAACCUGAUGCUCGAUCGCGGCAUCGUGGAGUUGAUGGUGACGUCGGACAAUCCGAUCAGAGGCGACUACGGCACGUAUCCGGAUCUGUUUCUGAUGGCGGGGAACUUCGACCAGCAGCCCAAGGAGCAGUUGGAUAUGCUGAAGAAGAUCCAGCCCGGCAGGCCGACGAUGGCCAUGGAAUAUUGGGGCGGUUGGUACGACUAUUGGGGGCGCGCGCACAUCGACAAGCCCGUGGAGGUGUUCCGGUACAACUACGAGGAGAUACUCAAGUAUCCGGCGUCCGUUAAUAUUUACAUGUUCCACGGCGGUACCAGUUUUGGGUUCUACAACGGGGGCCGAAAUUUGGCCUACGACGAAUGGGACACUGAUUACCACUCGAUAAUCUCCAGCUACGACUACUUGUCGCCUCUGGACGAAUCCGGCGACUACACGGACAAAUACUGGGCAACGAAGGACCUCCUUAGCAAAUACAAUCCGGUGAAAACCCUGCUACCGCCAUUGCCGAAUCGCCCGAAGAAAACGGCGUACGCGAGCAUACAAAUCGAAAAGGAAAUGUUCCUCUACGACAUGCUGCAAACCAUCACGCCUUUGGCUUCGAAGGAAGUCGUAGCCAUGGAAACCUUGGACAUAAACAACGGCAACGGACAGAGUUUCGGGUACGUGGUGUACAGAAAAACCGGGCUGGACAUACCGGCCGGAGCGGUGUUGAAGAUACAAGGGCGAGUCUGCGAUACGGUGAUGGUGCUGUUGGACGGCAUCCUCGUAUCGCCCUGGUUGGCGAGCUACAAGGACCUCGACGGCUUCGGCACCUGGAGAAUCCUGGAUUCCACGUUAGUAUUGAGCAACCGUUCGCUGACAAACGUCCGGCUGGAGCUGGUCGUGGAGAACUGGGGCAGAGUCGACGCGGGCGCCUACAGGCAAUUCAAAGGGCUGUGGCAGAGCCAAGUGAAAUUGAACGAUGAAUACAUUACGGAUUGGUCGGUGUUUCCAGUGGAAUUCAAAUCGGCGUGGACCAAAUCGCUGAGUAGCUGGGGCAAGGAGAUAACCAACACGGUGGGUCCUGCGAUGUACAAGACCACUUUGCGGGUGGAAGGAGAGCCGGUGGAUACUUUCGUGCACAUGGAAGAAUGGAUCAAAGGCAUCGUGAUCGUGAACGGGUUCGUGUUGGGUAGGUACGCGAAAAUGGGGCCCAUACAGACGUUGUACUUGCCUGCGCCGCUUCUGCGCACUGGUGACAACGAUAUUAUCAUAUUCGAGCAUUACAAACCGGCGCAACGGGUGGAUUUCAACGACGCUCACAUUUACAAAAGGUACUGA